GCACGGUCCGUUGUUCAUUUGCCAUUCGACCUCCGCCAGGGCCUGGUCGGACGGAAACGCUCCGCCGGCUUUAUUGUCGGCUCGCUAUGUGGCGGAGCCUGGCGGCUUAGCGCGCCUCUCGCGUCCGCGCCUCGGCAGCCGGCGGCGGCGGCACGACUCUCCCCGAGGACGGAGAUCUGUUGGCGGGCCGGUGUGUGCGCGCAGCGCUGAAGCGGGGCAGCGGAGGGGCGCCCGCACUCCUCCUCAACUUCGAAGGCCGCACGCGCCCGGCUCGCCGCUCCGCUGCCCGCCCACCGCUCCGCGCGGGACGCUGCCCGGAGCGCGGCGGGGCGCGGGUGGAGAGGACGCGGCUGGGACGGCGGCGGCAGUAGACGCGUGCGGCGGCCCGGGAGCGAGCGCGAGCCGGCGGGAGGGUGAGGCCGGGCCGGCGGGAGCGCAGCGCAGAGCGGCGCAGCGCAGCGCCGGGGGCGGGGGCGGGGGCGGGGGCGAAGCGUUGGGGGAGCCGCGGCGAGCGCGCGGGACGCGGCCGGAGCCCGGGCGCGAGCCGAGGCACCGGGCGGCGGCGGCGGCGGCGGCGGUGACCGCGGCGCGCGCCAUGUCGUUCAGUGAGAUGAACCGCAGGACGCUGGCGUUCCGAGGAGGCGGGUUGGUCACCGGCGGCGGCGGCCCCACGAACAAUAACGCUGGCGGGGAGGCCUCUUCUUGGCCUCCGCAGCCGCAGCCGCGACUGCCCGCGCCGCCCGCGCCGCAGCAGCCGAAUGGGCGCGGGGCCGACGAGGAAAUGGAAUUGGAGGGCCUGGAGCCCCAGGACUCGGAGGCCGCCGCCGGCGCGGCCGCCGCCGAGGACGUCAAGGAGUUGCUGCUGCUCCCUCAGGACACGGGCGGCCCCUCCUUGCUGGGCGGCGGCGCGGGGGGCCCCCUGCUAGCGGAAAGGAACCGUCGGACUCUGGCCUUCCGCGGGGGAGGCGGCGGGGGUCUCGGCAACAAUGGCAGCAGCCGCGGCCGCCCGGAGACCUCGGCGUGGCCCCUCAGGCAUUUCAAUGGGCGAGGGCCGGCGGCCGUGGAUCCGGAGCUGGACGCGCUGGAGGGGAAGGAGUGGAUGCAGGACGGGGCGUCCCUGAGCUACAGCACCGAGGAGGAGGGGGCGAGCCCGGGCGAUGGCAGUGGGGCGGAAGGCGGCAGCUGCAGCAGCAGCAGGCGGUCGGGCGGCGAUGGUGGGGACGAAGCGGAGGGCAGCGGUGUGGGAGCUGGCGAAGGAGAGACUGUCCAGCACUUCCCGCUCGCGAGGCCCAAGUCCCUCUUGCAGAAGCUCCAGUGCUCCUUCCAGACCUCUUGGCUCAAGGACUUCCCUUGGCUGCGGUACUCCAAGGAUACCGGCCUUAUGUUUUGCGGAUGGUGCCAAAAGACCCCCGAGGAUGGAGGCGGCGUGGACCUUCCCCAGGUGGGGCAUGAUGAGCUUUCGCGAGGGACCCGCAACUACAAGAAAACCCUGCUCCUGAGGCACCACGUCUCCACCGAACACAAACUCCACGAAGCCAACGCCCAGGAGUCAGAAAUACCAUCGGAGGAGGGGUACUGUGACUUUAAUAGUAGGCCAAAUGAGAACUCUUAUUGCUAUCAGCUUCUUCGACAACUAGAUGAACAGAGAAAGAAAGAUAUUCUUUGUGAUGUCAGCAUUGUGGUGAGCGGGAAAAUCUUUAAAGCUCAUAAGAACAUCCUGGUUGCAGGCAGCCGUUUCUUUAAGACUUUAUAUUGUGUUUCAAACAAAGAAAGCCCUAACCAAAACAAUACUACCCACUUAGAUAUUGCUGCAGUUCAAGGUUUUUCAGUCAUCUUGGACUUCCUGUAUUCUGGGAACCUGGUGCUCACAAGCCAAAACGCCAUUGAAGUGAUGACAGUGGCUAGCUACCUUCAAAUGAGUGAAGUCGUUCAAACUUGCAGGAAUUUCAUUAAAGAUGCCUUAAAUAUCAGCAUUAAAUCAGAAGCUCCGGAGUCUGUGGUUGUGGACUAUAACAAUAGGAAGCCAGUUAGCAGGGACGGCCUGCCUUCAUCCUCACGGGAGCAAAAGAUCGCCAGCUUCUGGGCAACGCGGAACCUGACCAACUUGGCAAGUAAUAUAAAAACUGAAAAUGAAGGCUGUGAUGUCGACGAGGGCCAAGUAGAAAACUACCAGAUGCAUGACAGUAACUGGAUCCGGGAUGGCUCUCCUGAAUUGGCUGAAAAUGACUCUCAAGGUAAAACAAAAGUGUUUAUUUGGAAUAAUAUGACUUCUCAAGAGACUGGCAAAGCAAGGAGGAAAAACCAAACCACAAAGAGAUUUGUUUAUAACAUACCACCUAACAGUGAGACAAAGGGAGAAGACUGCUCAGUGAUGCAGCCCCCUGCUGCCUACCCAGAAGAAAGCAAGGCCUUACUCAUCAAGGAAGAGCCAGAUUUGGAUGGUGCACUACUCUCAGGGCCUGAUGGUGAUAGGACCAUGAACACAAAUUUAUUGGCUGAAGCCUGCAGUGGUCAAGAUGCUGGAGAUGCUGGAGCAUCACAUGAUUUCAAGUAUGGUUUGAUGCCUGGCACUUCAAGUGAUUUCAAGUAUGGGUUGCUACCAAGUACUUCAAAUGACUUCAAAUUCGGAUUGCUACCGGGUGCUUCAAAUGAUUUCAAGUAUGGAUUAUUGCCAGAAUCUUGGCCCACACAAGAAACGUGGGAAAAUGGUGACUCAUCUCUAAUCAUGAACAAGUUGAAAUGCCCUCAUUGUAGCUAUGUAGCCAAAUACAGGCGAACACUAAAACGGCACUUGCUCAUUCAUUCUGGAGUAAGAUCAUUUAAGUGUGAAAUUUGUGGAAAGAUGUUUACUAGAAGAGAACAUGUAAAAAGACAUUCCCUGGUGCAUAAAAAGGAUAAAAAAUACAAAUGCAUGGUGUGUAAGAAGAUCUUCAUGUUAGCAGCCAGUGUUGGAAUAAAACAUGGUUCUCGACGCUAUGGAGUAUGCAUGGACUGUGUAGAUAAGUCACAGCCAGGAGGACAAGAAGUUGUAAAUCAGGGACAAGAUCCAGAGUUCCCUCGGGAUGAAGAGUACGAGGAAAACGAAGGCGGGGAGCCCGAUGAAGAGCUGCCUGAAGACGGACAAGAUGAGAACGAUGCACCUCGAUGGGAUGAGUCAGGAGGCGUUUAUGUCUCUGGAUGAUUAGCUGACCCACUAUAUUCCUCAAGAAUGCUGCAUUGGACAUACUAUGAAUCGACAAUUCAGAUUGUUGAACUUGAAGGCUUGCAAAAUAUGGUACAUGCUGGAUGGUAGUUUUGUUGCUGUGAAAAACUGUAGGGUUAAAGCCUUAUAGCAAAAAAGAAUUUUUUUAUAUUUGCACAGGACUAUACAGCAAACAACCAUGUGGUUGGAUACAUGGAGUCCUCACAUAUUUCAGUUAGUUGUCAAAGUAAACUAUUUUUUAUUUAUAGGAUAUACAGUUAACUAUUUGGGUUGUAUGAAAAUAUAGUCCUUGUCCCUUACAGAGCUUGCUUACAUUCAUGUGCCAUUUAACAUGAAUGCGGAAAUCCAUUUAUGGAAGUACAAUGACAGUGACCCAAUUGCUCUGCCAAUCAAACCACUCAGGCUAGUUUGUACUAGUAGAGUUCUGUUUCUAUUUUUAUUUUAUUAAUUUUAUUUUUUUUAAUACAGAUUUUCAGUGAGGGGCUUUUUCAACCCCAUUGGUUCUAUUUUCUUGUAUUUUUUUUUUUCAUUUUAUUUGCUUCAUAACUUAAACCAAGUCUCUUCUAGUCUUAGAUAUUAUUUCUUAAUUUUGUGCUGAUAGGCAUGCUUAUAAGAACUGGAGAGGUAAUUUAUUGGAAUGAACUAACUGGCUCCCCGCCCUCCCUCCCUUUUUUGACAUGAAUUUUACUACUUCACAGAUGAAGAAUGAUGUUACAAAGUUACCAUGGUGAAGCUGACAAAUACCACUAAACUGAUUAUGACUUAGAAGUAACUUUCUCCUGCUGCUCUGAUCUGAUAAAUGGUUGCUCUAUGAUGUGUUCUGACAUGGGGUCUGGUUUUGGGGAUCUGUUACUUUGGCACUAUUCUUGUUUGCCUCUUAGUGUACUAUACCUCAGCCUUAUUUGAAAUACAGAAGUCUAAUUGAAGAAUAGUCCUAGGAAGAUACAUAAAAUGAUUUGUUUUAUAAUUCAUCCCCCAUGUCCAGUUUGGUUAGCUUGUUAUGCAAUAUAAGUGAAAUAUCAGGUUUUUUUCUCCUGUGCCCUUUUUUAUCAUUAAAAUGAACACAAAAUGUGCAUUCUCUUUUGUUUCAUACUUACCGGGAUGUUGAGUGUUUUUAAAUUAUAGCUGAUAAUAUAUUUUUCCAUUCCUUAAGUCACCACACCUUGAUGAAAUCUUUAUAAUCUCCAUGAUUCAGCAAUCUACAAAAAUACUACAAGUAAAAUGUUGAGCCUUUAUUGUUGCAUUAUCUAAAUUCCUCAGGAGUCAGAGUUCUUCACACAGUUGAGACUUAGUUUAUGUAGCCAGGUGACAGCAGCACGCUCAGCAGCUUGUGACAGGCUAACGUGACAUGUGUCAGGAGCAGAGCAUAUAUAUAAAAAACAGAGACACCAUAUUUUCAACUUUCUUUUAAAUACAAAUUGAGUAUAUUUUCCUAUUUUAUAUCAAGUAGCUAAAUUAUGACAGUUGUGUGGAGAAACCACAGAGCUGCUUUGACAGAUACAAUCUUUUUGGUGCUCCAUCUGUUCAAAGUUGAAAAGUUGAUUUUCUUUUUGAAAGAGACAAACUUCAUCAUUGCCUCUGAUUUCAGUAGAAUAAUGGUUUGAUAUUGGACAGUGACUUCCUGCAUGGAUACAUCAGAGAUGAAGUAGUCAUGUUACAUACAUGGUGAGACCCACCUAUUGCCCUCUGACCUGUAUGGCGGUCUCUGCAUCCCGUGGGGAUGGCAGAAAAGAGUUUCUUCUGAGUUUUGUUUGAAAUGAAGAGAACACCUUAUUCUCUGUGUUUGAAACAAAUGAGUGAAGUGUAAUUCUAGAAAAGUCCAAAGUAGACUUAAGUUGGGCAGAGAUAUUAUGAUGAAAAAGUAUUUUAAACGUAAAAUGUUGUGCUUUGUGAAUAUGUAAGUAUAGCAUAAAGAUUUCUUCCAUCCCACCUAUCCCCUUCCUUUAAAAUAAACCAUAGUUUACAAUUGGUAGAUCUGUCUAUAUAUAAAUAUAUAUUAAAGAGCAAAUAUAUAUAUUUAAAAAAAGAUCACCUAAAUCUGCUUUAUUAGACAGUAGUUCACUUAUUGCAUAGAAACUGGACGUGGCUUUACAUUCUUAAUGUACUUUAUUUUACUCGAGAUAUGACCUUAUCUUGAAACAGAAUUUCCUUUAUUACUUAAAUCAUUUAUGUAUAUCUGGUAAAUUAUGACCAAAUUUUUGUUAGAUUGCACACAGUAAAUUGAAAUAGACAUUUGGUACACUACGGGAUUGUUGUGCUUUUGUUUGGUUUUAGUUGGAAACAGGUUGGAUGGAGACGACUUAUUGCUGUUAAUUUAAAAUAGUCUAUAAUUGUCUGUUGCCUUUUAUGUCGUGUCGUGACAGAUUUGGCUAUAUUUUUAGUCAUCUGAAAUAUACUUUAAAAAGUUUGUUUUUAGGUAAUCCAAAGGAAAAAUGUUUAUACUCUUGAAUAUAUAUUUGCCUCAGCCUAUAUUAAAGUUUCUUUGAAGGAAACACUUUACCAGAAACAGAAUUGACAGAUGUUUCUACUUGCUGACUGACUGCCUAAGUUAUUUUGUUUCAUGGUCUUGAGGGCUGACUUUUCUCUAGACCUUUUUUUAAAAGUAGUUUUAGUACUAAGGUAUACUACUGGACACUCCUAUUUUUUUAAGUAUAUUCCUUUUCUGACAGUACAACUUCAGGAAGUUGCUAAAUCUCUAAGAAGUUUUGAUUGGUCUCAGAAAGGUAAUGGAUUGAAUACUCAGAAUUUUGUCUGAAAGUCUGGCAGAGUUAUGUUGUACAUUUGGUGAAGUUUUUCAUGUAAUUUAUAUUUUAAAUAAAAUAUUUUUAGAGUUUUUAAUUUUAAUGAAGGGGAAGAACAUACACUUUCAUAUUCCACAGUGGUAAUACUAUGUCAUAGAUUCAGAUCAUGUGUUAUUCUCCCAGACAGUUUCUUCCAUAUGGUCUCUCAUUUGUCAAAGUUCUUGACUCAAUUUUUUUACUAGACAAGUUGCUAAAUUUUAGCACCCUACAAGAGCUUUGUGUGUGUAUGUGUGUGUGUGUGUGUGUGUGUAUGUGUGUGUGUGUGUGUGUGUGUGUGUGUAGUGCUGGAAGAGGAAACUGGACAAUAACAAAUAGCUGAGUUUGGGGGCAAAUACUAUUUGGCUUAAGUAGAGCCAUCCUAAUAAAGAGUGAGUUAAUUCAUUGCAGAAAAACUCAAGCACAGUAAGUACACAGUGCAUAUUAGUUGUUUAAAAAGAAAUGUGAACUAAGAGAAGAAGUAAAAGCUGGUAGGAAGGGAUAAAUCAGGGAAGUGAGGGCCCGGGCAUGCAAAGGGCCGGAGGAUGAGGAGUCGGUGUGGGAGGCCUGACAGGAAGGAAGCUCUAGGAAACAUGGGGUAAGAGAUGAAGUUCUUUGGUUUAGGACUCACUUUCUGGUAUGCCCACACUUUUGUGUUGUCUGCCUUAUUUUAUCUAACCUAUAAGGUAGGUGCUAUUCUAUUUUACAAAUAAGGAAAGGCUCAGAGAAAUUCAGACAUUUGCCUAAAUGACCGCAGCUUUGUAGAGCAGGGCAUUAGUCAGGUCUGGUUCUGAAGCCCUGACUUCCUCCCUGUGAGAUAGUCUGUUAGGAGUCCUGUUCUCUUUGGAAGUCGCUUUUGUCACUUUUGACUCAAGCACACCUCACUGCCAUCCUCUGUAAGUGGCUGGGAGAGUUUCACUUAAUUUUAAAAGGAUGGUUUUACAAUAUGAAGAACUAGAUAGAAGCCCCAGCUUGUGUGCCGUUCACACCCAGAUCCUUAAGCUUAACUAUGGUACCUAAUCUACACAGUUAGAACUAACAGGUGUUUUCUUAGUUUAGGAUUUAAAGUAGGAUUAUUUAUUUUGUUUCUUCCCUAUCUGCUGUAUCCCAGUUUUCAAGUGAAGUUGAACUAGGUAGUUUAAAACACGUUAGGGAUAAGCACACUUUGAAAGAUGUGUUCUUGCCCUGAAUUUUAGGGCACUGGGCAGUAAGUUUGGAAUACUCUAGCUAUUGAGAACAGAAUUCGGGGUUUAAGGAAGGAUGAUUGAGGCCACUCUGAUAUGGGAGAAACAGCAUCCUAAACACUGUCAACAACUCUUCUGCCUGCUGUUUGUAAAAGCUCUCUGGCAAGAGCUUUUACAAAGACCAAUUUUCUUUUUUAAAUGUAAUUUACCUACCUAAUAUUUAAAUGUCCUGAGACAUGUAUGUAAACUUCCAAAACCUGUUUGUCUGUGUAUUUAGAAAAUACACAAGAAUCUUUAUCAAACAUAAAAUAUAAACUUGUGAGCACUAAA